UAAACUUAUCCUUAUCUGAGCCUCUCCCCCAUGGUAAUUGCAAAUGGCAGUGCACCAGAAAGAGUCACUGUGAAGGAGAGAUCAGGCAGAAAGGGCAGGCGUUAUUCUAAGAAGAACUGCAGCAGCACAGCUCUCGUACAGCAGCCCGGAUCACAUCUGCUCAGCAACACCAAUUACAAGUCAAUGAAGAGGUGAGAUAUUAAGUGCAAGGAGCCGAUGAGCCACUAACUUGGAUUCUGGUUGAAGUGGAGCUUGACGUUUUAGAAUAUAUGCAGCAUGGAACAAAAAACAAAGUCCUUGAAGUUUUUUCUUCAGUCCUUCCUGGUUCUGGCCCUUCAUCAUUUUACUGGAGCACAGCAUGAAGAUAUGAGAUCCAGCUGCAGAACAGCUCCUAGUGAUCUAGUUUUUAUAUUAGAUGGUUCUUGGAGUGUUGGGGAUACAAAUUUUGAAAUAAUUAAAAGAUGGCUUGUCAAUAUUACUACUAACUUUAAUAUUGGCGAAACAUUUACACAAGUUGGGGUUGUUCAAUACAGUGAUAACCCUCUCUUGGAAAUCCCAUUUGGAAAAUAUGUUUCAAGUGAAGAACUUAUAAAAGCCAUGGAAUCAAUACAAUACAUGGGGGGCAAUACCCGGACGGGUAUAGCAAUAAAAUUUGCCCGGGAAAAUAUGUUUACUCCCUCUACCAGAGCUGCUAAUGGUGUAACAAAAAUAGCAGUCGUACUGACUGAUGGAAAAUCCCAGGAUGAAGUCAAACAUGCUGCAGAGGAAGCAAGGAAGAACAGAAUCACUUUGUUUGCAAUUGGAAUUGGAUCAGAAACAGAGGAAGCUGAACUUAAAGCAAUUGCCAACAAGCCCUCGUCCACGUAUGUGUUUUAUGUCGACGACUACUUAGUAAUUUCCAAAAUCAGAGAACUGAUGAGGCAGAAGCUCUGUGAAGAAACGGUUUGUCCAACAAGAAUCCCAGUAGCAGCUCGUGAUGAAAAGGGCUUUGAUAUUCUACUUGGUGUAGACAUUGCCAAAAAAGCGAAAAUAACUCAAGGAUCUUACUUCGGUAGGAAAGCCUAUCUGGUGACAUCACAGGUUGACUUAACUGAAAGCACAAGGAAUAUAUUCCCUGAUGGUCUACCUCCAUCUUAUGUCUUCGUCUCCACAAUGAGGUUUAAAGGAUCAAUAACUCGGGAGAAGUGGGACCUCUGGAGGAUUCAAGCUCUUGAUGGGACUUCCCAAAUUGCUGUUACAUUUAGUGGACAAGAUAAGACAGUAACAUUUACUACAACAAGCAUGGGGAAUGGCACACAGAAAGUGACCUUUACAUCGGCUGGAUUAAAGAAACUGUUUGAUGAAAACUGGCAUCAGCUGCGCCUCCUUGUAACAGAGGAGGAGGCUACAUUGUAUGUUGAUGACCAGCAGAUUGAAAAUCUGGAACUGAAUCCUGUUCUUGGUAUCUACAUCAAUGGAAAAACACAAAUAGGAAAAUACUUCAACAAAGAAGAAACUGUACCGUUUGAGUUGCAGAAGUUAAGAAUCUACUGUGACCCAGAGCAAAAUAAUCGUGAAACUGCAUGUGAAAUCCCUGGAAUGUGUCUAAAUGGUCAUGGUGAUACUGAGCCAAGUCCCGCUCCUUGCACAUGCCCUCAAGGACCACCUGGACAACCAGGUUUGAGGGGAGAGCGUGGGCAGCCUGGGGGUCCAGGGGAUUCUGGAAGACCUGGUACAGAUGGUAAGCCUGGUAUGCCGGGAUUUCCUGGAAAUCCGGGACUGCAAGGCUCACCAGGUAUUCAGGGACCACGUGGGAUGAUGGGAUACAAAGGAGAGCCCGGAAGUCCUGGUGAUUCGGGUGAACGAGGAGUUCCUGGAUUACCUGGUUCACCUGCGCCACAAGGAGAAAAGGGCUCUCAAGGUCCUAAAGGAGAACAUGGAAUACCCGGGAUUGAUGGGAAAAUUGGUGAAAAAGGAGACAAAGGAUCUGCAGGAUUGCCUGGACCAUCUGGACCUCGUGGAUAUCCAGGUCGUAAUGGACAAAAUGGUAUUGAUGGAAUUGAUGGUCAAAAGGGAGAAGCUGGACAGCCUGGUAUUCAAGGCAGAGAUGGAAUUCAGGGGCAACCUGGGCUCCCUGGACAUCCAGGAAAUGAGGGUCCCGCGGGGAUAAAGGGUGAUACAGGUUUACAAGGUGAAAGGGGGCCAAAGGGUUCCACUGGAAUUCCUGGUGAGAUGGGGUUACCUGGCAUGCCUGGUUCAUCUGGAAUUCCUGGAUUUAAGGGCAGUAAAGGUGGGACUGGAUUACCAGGCAUGCCCGGACUUCAGGGGAUAGAGGGAAAGCCAGGUGAACCGGGAAUGGGUGGUCAACCAGGACAUCCGGGUUUGCCUGGGAUUAAAGGACAGAAGGGUGACAAGGGCAAUCAAGGUGAAAGAGGAAUCCAGGGCUUCAUGGGAGAAAAGGGAGAGCCAGGAAGACCAGGAAACCAGGGUGUAGCGGGAACACCAGGAUUAAAAGGAGUGAAAGGUGAACAUGGAGAACCUGGCAUAAGAGGCCAACAUGGCCAUCGAGGAGAACAUGGUCUACCUGGCAUGGUGGGUCCUUCAGGUCCAAGAGGAUUAAAUGGAGCUAUGGGACCUUCUGGACCACCAGGAAUAGAAGGGAGACCUGGAAGAGAGCUUUCAGAAGACUUCAUUCGGCAGAUUUGCUUGGAUGUCCUAAGAACUCAGUUGCCCUCCUUCUUACAUAACGGAGGGACUAGAAACUGUGAUGUUUGUCAAACACGAAAAGGUUCCGCUGGGCCACCAGGACCUAUCGGGCCCCAGGGUUCCAGAGGAUUUCCUGGCUUACCUGGUUCAAAUGGCUUACCGGGGCGUAGGGGUUCACAUGGCCUUCCUGGUAUCCCUGGACUUAAAGGAGAUGCUGGUGAAAUCGGGCCAAAAGGAAACAAAGGCAUAGGAAAACCUGGUGAUCCAGGCAAUCCAGGUUUACCAGGUCCAAUAGGUCCACCUGGAAUUAGCAAAGAAGGCUAUCCAGGAAAGCCUGGUCCCAUAGGACACAACGGGGACCAAGGGAAGCCUGGAAUACCAGGGCCCCCUGGGGAACCUGGAAUGUGUGACCCAUCUUUGUGUUAUAGCGUAAUGGUGGGAAGGGAUCCCUUCAGGAAAGGGCCAAAUUACUGAUCUUUUGAUACUUGACCAGCCAGACUGGAUGGUGCUUAACUAAUGAAUACACAUCUUUCAAGUCUCAGGAAGAUCACUUUUUAACAGUUUCUCCUGUAAUGGGGGCAGGAGUACUUCUAUUUCACACACAUGUAUGAAAUGGCAUACACGGGCAUACAUGUAUGAAGCAAGAUUAGGUUAGGAUACUAGACACCUGUUCUACGUAGCCUCUAGAAAAUAUGCUUGAAAUCAAUGCUCAAUAGAAAUUCACACAAUGGCUUUGAUUUAUGCACAAAACAGUUUCUAAUGAUCUAUCUACUGCCAUUAUUAACACCAUUGUGUUUUUUUUGUAUUUAGUGGUUGGUAACAAGAAGCAAAUAUAUCACCUCUUGGGGAAAACACCAAUGGGUGUUGGUAUUAAGAUUAGAUUAGAUUGAAACAGGUAAUAGUUGCCAUCAUCAGCGUUCAACACUUUAGAAUUGCACUCGUAUCCAAAGGUGAGCAGUUAAAGUUGGCAACGUAAAGAUAACAUAUCAAAAAUGUAUAAUUCAGUACAAAAAUCAUAUACAUGUACACCCAUGUAUGUUGAACUUAGACAGCUAUACUUGCCUUUUAUACUCAAUGUUGCUUUUUCUAUACUUAGGUUCCAUGAUAAAUGCCAUGAUUACAUAUGCGUGGCUAAGCCACAGUUUAAACUUAUUCAGUGAUACUUUUAUAAGAUUAAUACCUGCCUUCUGGUUUUUAAGAGACCCAGACAGAACUGACCAUCGACAGUGCUGAUCUUGCUUUCCUGAUAUUGUGAACUGGUGAUAAAGUAACUUUUGCUUAAGCUUUACCAGAUGUUACUAUAAAGUUUCUCUCACAUUUUAAACCCUAAAGGCAGUCCAUUGUGUGCAGCAUUGCAGAUUCACUGGCGCUAUUUUCAUAAAGUUGAUGACCCAUUUAAUUAUGUUUGCUGUUUUAUUGGUAUAGAAUGGUUAAUUGCAUUGCUCACAGAUAAAUAAAUGUCUUCUUAUUUGUUCAAGAUGAACAACAAUAAAUUAAAUUACCUUCUCUUUAUAGUUAACAUUAACAGUAAACUAUUAAGCUGUUUUCACUGUUCCAGGCUUUUUAGUUUUGAAUAUGUAGAUUCUUUUUUUUUUUUAACUUCAGUAAAUGUUUCUGAAACAAGUCAGUCAUUGAUAGAAAUCUAAUGUCCAAUUGUCCAUCCACUUUGUUGCUUUUUAGAAAAAUCUAAAGCAAAUGUGUGAGAUCAUGAGUGUUCUGUUGAGAUCUUUACUGCACUUGGUUACAUGCUACUGCUCAUGCUUUGGGAACACAAGAAUAAUAAUAUUAGGUUAUGUGAUACAGCUCAUCCCAGUAUUCAUUUUCAGCCAAGGAAUAAGCACAUAUUGAUAUUUAUAUUGAUACAUCCAUUGUUUUAUGUUGCUUUGUAAUCAUGCACUGAUUAUCGAGUGCAUCUUGUAUCUUCAGCCUAUCUUUUUAAAUGUUUAAUUAAAUAAAGCUUGGAGACAGUAGAAUCAGCAAAUAGUUUCAAAGCCCAUACAGCAAGAUUCCUUAUUGUAAGUUACUGGCACUUUUCAUGAUUUGCUUUUCUUCAGUUUUGGUAAAUACUAUUUAAUUUAGAGCACCACUUUAAUUUAUGUUUACCAUUUUACUGAUAUUUCUUGUAUUUUAUUUCUUUUUACAUUUCAUAUUUUAAUAGCCAUAUUUUACCUUAAUUAAAUGCUCAACAAAAUUGCACCACAAAUACAUGGUGAAAUACUAUGUAUAAGAACAUACAGGAUUGUCGCUUUUGGUGAAUGUUUUUUUAAAAAACAAAAACCUACACCAUAUAUUGAGUUUGUUAGAAUACAUUAGUCUUUUUAGCUUUUUUAAUAAACAAAAUGGCAAAAAUCAAGCUAAUUUUAUGAAUCCCAAGAUACUGAACAAUUCAACAAGUAAAUAGUUAAGGAAGUAACGUGAUUCUCUUGGCAGUGAUACAGCUAAUAAAAUUGACUCACAGACCAUUUCAACCCAUCUGGGGAUUGACAUGGUUACUUUUUGCAUUCCUCUGUUUUCAUGCAAAAACGAUUGCAGAAAAUGAAAUCGCUUGAGAGAGAAGAGUGUGAUUAACCAGCUCUAGGAUAUUUGUAACAAUAUUAUAUGGUUCAAUAUUAGUAAACACAUUGUUGUUCAACUUCAUCCAUAGCUUUGUUACAUAAUCAUGUUGAACUUUAAUGAUACACUUAUUUUGUUAAGUAUUACAUUAGCUAGAGUUUUGGAUAUGUUUUGGUGAAAUGGAAAUGUAAAAACUCAAACGUUGUGAAAGGUAAAACUAAAUAUAUUGUUCAGCACAUACAAGCAUUUUCAUUGACAUGCAACUUUGCAGGAUUGAAAAAGAAUUUCAUGCAUGACCUAGAAAACAAAAAAAAAUGACCAAGAAAUUAUGGGGAAUUCCUGGGUGCCAAAAAUCUACAACUGUUUCCCAUGAUGGAUCUGCAAAGGUUUAUACAAAAAUCGAACUGGGGAACAAUGUCACAAUUUUCAAAGUAAUUUACUGUAAUCUCUACUACUUUUUGUAACUUGAUUUCUGGUUUUACAUUUAAAGUAUUACAAUUGGAUGUAUUCAUAAAGUAUUGGUGUGCCAGUAAAUACUUUUAAGUCCUACCAUUUACUGUCAUGCGACUGCUUUAUGAAUAUUUUAUAAUACUUUUAUUUUCAUUAUCCAGUGGUUUGUUUCAUUGUAUUUUAAUUGCAAAAAAUAAGUCAAUAAUGAUGUGUGUUAUUAGAUACAGUUCUACUCAUUUCUGUUUCAUUGCUGCAUAUUUUAAUUUUUCUUGGACUAAUGGUAGGUUAAUAACUUUCUGAAGUAAGCUUACUGAACAGAUUCAUUCUAUGCAUGGAAUUGUGCUUAAAACCUUGCUUUUGUUAGUUUGGGAAUUACCACCUCAUCGACUGAUCAUUUUUAGUAUGUUUAUCAGUGUCAUUUCUGGUAGCAAAUUCUAGUUUAAGUUUUAUACUACAACUUGUGUAAUGGCCUCUGCUGUCUUGAACAUUAAUAAAUACUUUUUUUUAAAUUA